AAAGAUAUGUUUAAACUUUGGCUUAUGAACAGACAUUGAAAUUACAGCUGUUUAUCAGCCAACUCUAUUACUUUGUCCUCUCCUUUUUUCCAGUUUGUUGGGCUUUCUUUGCAUAACAUCAAUGUCUGAAGAAGUUACUUAUGCAGAUCUAAAAUUCCAGGACUCCAGUCAGACAGAAAAUAUCCAGAAGUUUGACAAAUUUGAGAAAGAAGAGCCACCUGUUCCUUCCCAUGUAUGGCGUCAAAGAGCCUUGGCUCUGACUCUCCUGUGCCUUCUGCUGCUGAUUGGCCUGGGAGUCUUAGGAGGCAUAUGCAUGGAAAAAUUGAAUACGCUACGAAAUUUCAAAGAAGAACUUCAAAGAAAUAUGUCUCUACAACUCAUGCAAAACACAAAUAGUUCCCAGAAAAUCAGGAGCCUUUCUAUCAAACUUGAAGAAAUAGCCACCAAAUUAUGUCGUGAAUUAUAUAUAAAAAACAAAGGGAACAAAUGUAAACCUUGUCCAGAGGGGUGGAUGUGGCAUGAUGACAACUGCUACCUUCUACUAUCGGGCUACCAACGUCGGAAAACAUGGCAAAAGAGUGAUGAGAUUUGUUCUGACUACAAUGCCAGCCUGUUGACGAUUAAAAGCAAAAGUGUGUUGGAAUUUAUAAAAUCUCUGAAGUUAAUUAACUAUUGGUUGGGAUUAUCUCCCAGGAAAGAUACCACAAAAUACAACAACUUGGAUACAAUUAUCUCCUUCAACUGGUUCACAAGAAAUACAAGUGUCAUAAGUGAUGAGAUGUAUUGUGGAUACAUAUAUUAUCCAUCCUUUUUUUAUACUGAGUGCACUGAUACUAAAAAUAUUAUAUGUGAGAAGCUUGCUCAAUCAGUGAAAAUUGAAAGUAUACUAAUGAGUGAAGUCUUGGAUAGAAGAAAGUAGUUAGUGCAAUUAUUUUGUCCCAAGUAUUAUCCUGCACUUAAAGGACACUUUGGGGACCAUACAUCUUGUUGACCACCCCAAUAGAAUAAAGAUACAGUAAGACUACA